GGCAGCGCACUAAGAUGGCGACAACCGCAGUUUCUCCCGCAGCUUCCCCACCUCUGCAGUCCAGCAACGCCUUGCGGGAGUCGCGCUAGUGCCGUAGCCACAAGUUGACCUGUCCUGCGUGCAACAUAACUAAAGAAGCUGCUGCAGGAUGAAAAGAUGGCAGCGCAGCUGCUCGCACCACCAGGCCCUGAUAGUUUUAAACCUUUCACCCCAGAGUCUCUGGCUAACAUUGAGAAGCGCAUUGCAGAGGAAAAGAAGAAACGUCCAAAGCAAGACAGCAGCCAUCGGGAUGACGACGACGACAGCAAACCAAAACCGAACAGUGACCUGGAGGCAGGAAAAAAUCUGCCUUUCAUCUAUGGGGACAUCCCGAAAGGUCUGGUUGCUGUACCACUGGAGGACUUUGACCCGUAUUAUUUGACCCAGAAAACCUUUGUAGUACUAAACAGAGGGAAAACACUCUUCCGAUUUAGUGCCACACCUGCCUUGUACAUUUUAACUCCUUUUAAUCUGCUUAGGAGAAUAGCUAUUAAAAUUUUGAUACAUUCAUUAUUUAGCAUGAUCAUUAUGGCCACUAUUUUGACCAACUGUGUAUUCAUGACUUUUAGUAACCCACCUGAAUGGUCGAAGAAUGUGGAGUACUCAUUCACUGGUAUUUAUACAUUUGAAUCACUUGUGAAAAUAAUUGCAAGAGGUUUCUGCAUAGAUGGUUUUACUUUCCUUCGCGAUCCAUGGAACUGGCUAGAUUUCAGUGUCAUCAUGAUGGCAUAUGUCACAGAGUUUGUGGACCUUGGGAAUGUCUCAGCAUUGAGAACUUUCAGAGUUCUCCGAGCUUUGAAAACUAUCUCUGUUAUUCCAGGCUUGAAGACCAUUGUGGGUGCCCUAAUUCAGUCUGUGAAGAAACUGUCAGAUGUAAUGAUUUUGACAGUGUUUUGCCUCAGUGUCUUUGCUUUAAUCGGCCUGCAGCUGUUUAUGGGCAAUUUGAGGAACAAGUGUGUAAUAUGGCCAAUUAACCUCAAUGAGAGCUUCCUAGAGAAUGGCACCAGGGGGUUUGACUGGCAAGAAUACACCAACAAUGUCUCAAACUUUUACACAAUCCCUGGGGCCCUUGAUCCUUUACUCUGUGGUAACAGCUCAGAUGCAGGCCAAUGUCCAGAGGGUUACACAUGUAUGAAAGCAGGAAGGAAUCCAAACUAUGGCUACACAAGCUUUGACACUUUCAGCUGGGCUUUCCUAGCCUUAUUUCGCCUUAUGACUCAGGAUUUUUGGGAAAACUUGUAUCAGUUAACUUUGCGAGCAGCAGGAAAAACUUACAUGAUAUUCUUUGUCCUGGUUAUCUUUGUGGGGUCAUUCUAUCUGGUCAAUCUGAUCUUGGCUGUGGUAGCCAUGGCUUAUGAAGAGCAGAACCAGGCCACACUGGAGGAAGCGGAGCAAAAGGAAGCAGAAUUCAAGGCCAUGUUGGAACAGCUGAAAAGGCAGCAGGAAGACGCACAGGCUGCUGCCAUGGCCACUUCGGCAGGGACAGUCUCAGAAGAUGCUGUGGAGGAUGAUGGCAGGGGGAGAGGGUCUCGGAGCUCUUCUGAGAUUUCCAAACUCAGUUCUAAGAGUGACAAGGAGCGGCGGAACAGGAGGAAGAAACGGAAGCAGAAGGAGCUGUUGGAAGGAGAGGAGAAGGGUGACAACGAAAAGGUGUUCAAGUCUGAAUCGGAGGAUGGAAUGAGGAGAAAGACUUUUAGGCUGCCAGACAACAGGCUGGGAAGGAAAUUUUCCAUCAUGAACCAGUCCCUUCUCAGCAUCCCAGGCUCCCCUUUCCUCUCCCGGCACAACAGCAAAAGCAGCAUCUUCAGCUUCAGAGGGCGCUUCCGUGAUCCAGGUUCAGAGAACGAAUUUGCUGAUGAUGAGCACAGCACGGUGGAGGAGAGCGAAGGCAGGAGAGAUUCCCUUUUCAUCCCCUUCCGUGGCCGGGAACGGAGAAGCAGCUACAGCGGCUACAGUGGCUACAGUCAGGGCAGCCGGUCCUCACGGAUCUUUCCCAGCAUCCGCCGGAACGUGAAAAGGAAUAGCACAGUGGAUUGUAAUGGCGUGGUGUCCCUUAUUGGCGGCCCAGCAUCCAAUAGGCCCAUGGGACGCCUUCUGCCUGAGGUGAAAAUAAAUAAGGCAGCUACCGAUGACAGUGGUACUACUGAGGUGGAAAUUAAAAAGAAACCUACCGGGUCUCUCUUGGUCUCAAUGGAUCAACUGAAUGCAUCUUAUGGAAGAAAGGAUCGAACCAACAGUAUAAUGACUGUUGUAACUAAUACCCUUGUAGAAGAGUUGGAAGAGUCCCAGAGGAAGUGUCCCCCCUGUUGGUACAAAUUUGCCAACACCUUCCUGAUCUGGGAGUGCCACCCACAUUGGAUCAGGCUGAAGGAGAUAGUGAACAUGAUUGUCAUGGAUCCCUUUGUCGACCUGGCCAUUACCAUCUGUAUUGUGCUGAACACUUUGUUUAUGGCGAUGGAACACCAUCCCAUGACCCCUGAGUUUCAAGAUGUUCUGACUGUAGGAAAUCUGGUUUUCACUGGAAUUUUCACAGCAGAAAUGUUCCUGAAGCUCAUAGCCAUGGACCCCUACUAUUAUUUCCAAGAAGGUUGGAACAUUUUUGACGGAUUUAUUGUCUCCCUCAGUUUAAUGGAACUGGGUCUAGCAGACGUGGAAGGGCUUUCAGUGCUGCGAUCUUUCCGAUUGCUGAGAGUCUUCAAGCUGGCAAAGUCCUGGCCCACUCUGAACAUGCUGAUAAAAAUCAUUGGUAACUCAGUGGGUGCCUUGGGAAACCUGACCUUGGUGCUGGCCAUCAUCGUGUUCAUCUUUGCUGUGGUGGGCAUGCAGCUCUUUGGCAAGAGCUACAAGGAAUGUGUCUGCAAGAUCAACGUGGAGUGUGUGCUGCCCCGAUGGCACAUGCACGAUUUCUUCCACUCCUUCCUUAUUGUCUUCCGUGUGCUGUGUGGGGAGUGGAUUGAGACUAUGUGGGAUUGUAUGGAAGUGGCAGGACAGGCCAUGUGCUUGAUUGUCUUCAUGAUGGUCAUGGUCAUCGGGAAUUUGGUGGUGUUGAACCUGUUCUUGGCCUUGCUGCUGAGCUCUUUCAGUGCAGAUAACUUAGCAGCGACUGAUGAUGAUGGGGAGAUGAACAACCUACAAAUAGCAGUCAUUCGCAUCAAGCAGGGAAUCGCCUGGAUCAAGGCGAAAGCACAUGAGUUCAUGCAAGCGCAUUUCAAGCAGAGAGAGGGGGAUGAGGUCAAACCCUUGGAUGAGUUGUAUGAAAAGAAGGUGAACUGCAUCGCUAACCACACAGGGGCUGAUAUCAACAGGGACAUUGAUUAUCAAAAGAAUGGCAAUGGCACCACCAGUGGGAUUGGGAGCAGUGUGGAGAAAUACAUCAUAGACGAAGACCACAUGUCCUUUAUCAAUAAUCCCAAUCUCACCGUUCGGGUACCCAUUGCCGUGGGUGAGUCAGACUUCGAAAACCUCAACACAGAAGACUUCAGCAGUGAUACAGAUCCCAAUGGCAGCAAGGAGAAACUGGAUGAUACCAGCUCUUCUGAGGGCAGCACCAUUGAUAUAAAGCCAGAGGUAGAGGAAGUCCCUGUGGAGGCACCAGAAGAAUAUUUGGACCCAGAUGCAUGCUUCACAGAAGGUUGUGUGCAGCGCUUUAAGUGCUGUCAGGUCAGUAUUGAAGAUGGGCUGGGCAAAUCCUGGUGGACCUUGAGGAAGACCUGCUUUCUGAUUGUGGAGCACAACUGGUUCGAGACUUUCAUCAUCUUCAUGAUCCUAUUAAGCAGUGGAGCCCUGGCCUUUGAGGAUAUUUACAUAGAACAGAGAAAGACCAUCCGGACCAUGCUGGAGUACGCAGACAAGGUCUUCACCUAUAUUUUCAUUCUGGAGAUGUUGCUGAAAUGGUGCGCCUACGGAUUCGUCAAGUUCUUCACCAACGCCUGGUGCUGGCUGGAUUUCCUCAUUGUGGCUGUCUCUUUAGUCAGCCUUGUAGCUAAUGCCCUGGGCUACUCGGAACUAGGUGCCAUAAAGUCCCUUAGGACACUAAGAGCUUUGAGGCCUUUAAGAGCGUUGUCCCGAUUUGAGGGGAUGAGGGUGGUUGUCAACGCCCUGGUUGGCGCUAUCCCUUCCAUUAUGAAUGUGUUGUUGGUCUGCCUUAUCUUCUGGCUGAUUUUCAGCAUUAUGGGGGUUAACCUGUUUGCUGGGAAAUACCAUUACUGCUUUAACGAGACAGCUGAGGAGCGCUUCGACAUAGAGAUAGUUAACAACAGGACCGAUUGUGAAGCAUUGAUGCCACCCAACUCCACUGAGAUCCGAUGGAAGAAUGUGAAAAUUAACUUUGACAAUGUUGGGGCAGGAUACCUGGCUCUUCUCCAAGUUGCUACUUUCAAGGGCUGGAUGGAUAUCAUGUAUGCAGCAGUAGAUUCCAGAAAGCAAGAAGAGCAACCCAAGUACGAGGACAACAUCUACAUGUACAUCUACUUUGUAAUCUUCAUCAUCUUUGGCUCCUUUUUCACCCUGAACUUGUUUAUCGGUGUCAUCAUUGAUAACUUCAAUCAACAAAAGAAAAAGUUUGGAGGUCAGGAUAUCUUCAUGACAGAAGAGCAAAAGAAAUACUACAAUGCCAUGAAAAAACUGGGCUCAAAGAAACCUCAGAAACCUAUUCCCCGGCCUCUGAACAGCAUCCAAGGAGCUGUCUUUGACUUUGUCACUCAGCAAGCAUUCGAUAUAUUCAUCAUGAUGCUCAUCUGCUUCAACAUGGUGACCAUGAUGGUGGAAACAGACACACAGAGUAACCGGAUGUCAGACAUCCUGUGGUGGAUCAACCUGGUGUUUGUCAUCCUCUUCACCUGUGAGUGCGUGCUGAAGAUGUUUGCCUUGCGACACUAUUAUUUCACCAUUGGAUGGAACAUUUUUGACUUCGUGGUUGUGAUUCUGUCCGUUGUGGGAAUGUUCCUGGCUGAUAUCAUUGAGAAGUAUUUUGUGUCGCCCACUCUCUUCCGAGUCAUCCGACUAGCCCGUAUUGGCCGCAUCCUGCGUCUGAUCAAAGGGGCCAAGGGGAUCCGCACCCUGCUUUUUGCCUUAAUGAUGUCCUUGCCUGCCUUGUUCAACAUCGGCCUCUUGCUGUUCCUGGUCAUGUUUAUUUUCUCCAUCUUUGGCAUGUCGAACUUCGCCUACGUAAAGCAUGAGGCCGGCAUAGACGACAUGUUCAACUUUGAGACCUUCGGCAACAGCAUGAUCUGUUUGUUCCAGAUCACCACCUCGGCUGGCUGGGAUGGCUUGUUGUUGCCUAUCCUGAACCGGCCGCCGGACUGCGACCUAGAUAAGGAGCAUCCUGGGAGCAGCUUCAAGGGAGAUUGUGGUAACCCCUCCGUGGGGAUCUUUUUCUUCGUCAGCUACAUCAUCAUCUCCUUUCUGAUUGUGGUGAACAUGUACAUCGCUAUUAUUCUGGAGAACUUCAGUGUGGCCACGGAGGAGAGUGCUGACCCGCUGAGUGAGGACGACUUCGAAACGUUCUAUGAGAUCUGGGAGAAGUUUGACCCUGAUGCCACACAGUUCAUUGAGUACUGCAAGCUGGCAGACUUUGCCGAUGCUUUGGAGCACCCACUCCGUGUCCCUAAACCUAACACUAUUGAACUCAUCGCCAUGGACUUGCCUAUGGUAAGCGGGGACAGAAUCCAUUGCCUGGACAUCCUGUUUGCCUUCACCAAGCGUGUGCUGGGGGACAGUGGGGAGCUGGACAUCCUGAGGCAGCAGAUGGAAGAAAGGUUUGUGGCGUCUAACCCUUCCAAAGUGUCUUAUGAGCCCAUCACGACCACUCUCCGGCGCAAGCAGGAAGACGUCUCGGCAGUGGUUAUCCAACGGGCUUACAGGGUUCGCUUAGCAAAAAGGGGCUUUAUUUGCAGGAAGUCUGCCUCUACUAAGCUGGAAAACGGAGGAACAAAUCGGGAGAAAAAAGAAGGCACCCCGUCCACCGCAUCCCUCCCAUCCUAUGACAGUGUAACUAAACCUGAAAAGGAGAAACAGCUGCGGGUGGAGGAAGGAAGACGAGAACGAGCAAAAAGACAAAAAGAUUUAAAGGAAUCCAAGUGUUGAGACAAACAAAAAUAUGUUGUACAAAUUUUAAAGAAUUUGCAAGCGAAAAGAUUGUUUACAAACUUCACAAAAUAUAUCAAUACGGAACAGCUAAGGAGACACCUGAAGAUCUUAUACCAAACAUAGUCUGCUUAUUGUGUGACAAAGUUGCAUCUAAAAGCAGUGACCUACCGCCUGUUUAAAGGACCCUUCUAAAUGAACAUUUAAAAAGGAAAAAAAGGAUUUUCUAUUAUUUGGGCAGGUGGCUACUGCAUGUUCCACAUCAAUCAAUGCAACUUGGGACAAACAAGCAAAAUAAAAAACACACACACACACUAAAAAACAAAACCCGCUGCUUGGAUUAAUAUAUCUCCCAAAGCAGCCAAAAAUUGAUUAUUUUCUCAUUUUGUUGAUUUUCAAAAGAAAACCCAGAAGUCACAAUGUUAAAGGGUUUGUUUGUUCAUGCAAAACUAAUGUGCAUUCCUGCAUUUAGUUAAGCAGCAAAAAAAAAAAAAAAAAAA